AGACAAUAGUAUUUCUAUUGUACUUCCGGGUACACAUGGUCCCUUCCUUGUUGUUUCUCUAAACUUCACGAAACAGUGGAUAAUUCAUUGAUUCUCCGAACAUUGACCAGAGAUAUUAUUAAGUGAUGUAUCAUCAACCGGUACUGAAGAACCGACGGACUCUUCUGGAACGAGCUGAGAAAUUCAUAUCUGAGAUUUAUUUCACCGACUGCAACCUUAGGGGAAGACUAUAUGGAGACGCCUGUCCCCUGGAGUCCAUCUCCUCGUCUCUGUCACAGCAACGGAUCCCUUUCCUAGAGGCUGUCAAACAGAACUUUGAGCCGUAUCAAGUUGGUGAUACCUUUGGACCUACAUGGUGGACAUGCUGGUUUAAAGUAUCUCUGAGGAUACCAGACUCCUGGAGAGGGAAGCAGGUCCAUCUGAGCUGGGAGAGUGAUGGAGAGGCCAUGGUCUGGAGGGAUGAGCAACCUGUACAGGGGUUGACCAAAGAAGGGGAGAAGACCAGCUACAUCUUGACUGAGUGUCUGAAGGAUGAUGAGCCACACAGCAUCUCCCUGUAUGUUGAGCUGGCGUGUAACAGUCUUUUCGGAGCGGGACAGGGAUCCAUGAUUGCAGCACCUGACCCAGACAGGAAGUACUCUGUCCAGAAGGCUGAGCUUGUGGUGUUUAAGUCGGACGUCAGGGAGCUGCUGACUGAUUUGGAGAUGCUGGUAGACAUGGUCAAGUUGCUGGGUGAGGGGGAACAGCGUGGGUACCAGGCUCUGUUCACAGCCAAUGAGAUGGUGAACCUGUGUGAGCCGACCAAUCCCAGCUCAUUUCCUGCGGCCCGGAGUCUGGCUCAGAAGUUCUUCAGCCAGAGGAAUGGAGAGAGCCAGCACACUGUCCACGCUAUGGGACACUGCCACAUUGACUCAGCCUGGCUGUGGCCCUAUGAGGAGACCAUCAGGAAGUGUGCCAGGAGCUGGGUGACUGUGAUCAGACUGAUGGAGAAGAACCCUCACAUGGUCUUCACCUGUUCACAGGCUCAGCAGUUUGACUGGGUGAAGAGCUGGUAUCCAGGCCUGUUCUCUCAGAUCCAACACUUCGUUAAGAAGGGACAGUUCAUCCCGGUAGGAGGCACCUGGGUGGAGAUGGAUGGAAACCUGCCGUCAGGUGAGUCCAUGGUCAGACAGUUCCUGGAGGGACAGCGAUUCUUCAAGAAGGAGUUUGGAAACUACUGCAAAGAGUUCUGGUUGCCUGAUACGUUUGGCUACUCAGCCCAGCUCCCCCAGUUGAUGCAGAGUUCAGGCAUCACACGAUUCCUGACGCAGAAACUCAGCUGGAACCUCGUUAACACCUUCCCUCACAACACGUUCUUCUGGGAGGGUCUGGAUGGUUCUCAGGUUCUGACACACUUUCCCCCAGGGAACUCCUAUGAGAUGAAGGGGAAGGUGGAGGAUCUGGUCAACACUGUGAAGAACAACAAGGACAAAGGACGAGCCAAUCACAGCGCAGCACUGUUUGGUUUUGGAGACGGAGGAGGAGGGCCCACCCAGCUGAUGUUGGACAGGUUGGACAGGGUCCAGGACACAGACGGACUGCCUCGGGUCCAGAUGUCCAGUCCUAACCGGCUCUUCUCUGAGCUCGAGGCGGACUCCUCUCUUCUGUGCACCUGGACUGGAGAACUGUUUCUAGAACUACACAACGGCACCUACACCACACAGGCACAGAUUAAGCUAGGGAAUCGUCAGUGCGAGACCUUGCUCCAUGACGUUGAGGUGGCCAGCAGCUUGGCUCUGUGUCUGGACAAAACGUUCCAGUACCCCUCCGAACCGCUACAAAUCCUCUGGAGGCAGCUCCUCCUGAACCAGUUCCAUGAUGUGAUUCCUGGCACCUACUCACUACGAUAUUAUCAAGACAUCCGUACCGUGGGGACCAGACUGCUGCGUGUUUCCUGUCGGGCCCUGGGGUCUGAAGGGACUAUGACCAAGACAGGAGACUCUGACAGUACUGCUACUUCCGUUGCUGUCCUCAACACCCUGCCCUGGGAACGCACCGAGGUUCUCCCGCUGACAGGGGGCGCUCCUGACCAUCAUCAACCAUGCCUAGCUCUGGUGACAGUCCCCAGUGUUGGUGUAGUUUCUGUCCGUGAUGCCACUGCUACCAAACCUGUCCCUCUGGUCUCCGUCAAGGUUCAGGCUGAUGGUACUGUCCUCAUGGAGAAUGGGAUAUUACGUGCUGUUGUUAAUAAGGAUGGAUGCCUGGCUUCCUUGUACCUGGUCGAGACUAACAGAGAGGCGAUAUCUCACGGUUGCAGUGGGAACCAGUUUGUGCUGUUUGAUGAUGUUCCUCUGUACUGGGACGCCUGGGACGUGAUGGACUACCACCUACAGACACGGAAGCCUGUAGUAGAGGUGGUGUCUCCUGUCCAGAUAGCAUCUCCAGGAGGACUGAGAGGCAGUGUGACCUUCACUCUCAGAAUCAGUGAUAAGAGCACCAUCACCCAGGAGAUCAUCCUGGAUGCCAUGUGUCCUUAUAUCAAGUUCAACACUCAGGUGGAGUGGUUCGAGUCCCAUAAGUUCCUGAAGGUAGAGUUCCCAGUGAGGGUGAGGAGCCCCAACGCCACCUAUGAGAUCCAGUUUGGACACCUGCAGAGACCCACACACAGGAACACGAGCUGGGACUGGGCACGCUUCGAGGUACCAAUAACAUCUUUUAUACAGUUUGUGGGCCACAAAUGGGCAGACCUAUCAGAGCACGACUGUUCUUUUAUUUUUCUUCUUAAAAGACUGCGAGCUCCUAAGUCUCCUGAUGCCAACGCUGACAUGGGCAGUCAUCAGUUCACCUACGCUGUCAUGCCACACACAGGAACCUUCCAGGAAGCGUCAGUCAUCCAGUGGGCCUACAACCUCAACAACCCUCUGAGGCUGAUCGACCACGCCCCCGGCUCCCAUAUUGUAGCCUGGAGCGCCUUCUCUGUCAGCGCUGCAGCCGUCAUCCUGGAGACCGUCAAGCAGGCGGAGGACAGGAAGGAUGGUCUGGUAGUACGGCUCUAUGAGUCACAUGGCAGUAGUGUCAGUGUGUACCUCACGGCAGGCUUCCCCAUCACAGAGGCUUGGCACUGUGAUCUACUGGAGCGAGUGGAUCCCUCUCGCCCUGCACCAAUCACAGCCUCCGGAAUCUCUAUCAGCUUCAGUCCUUUCCAGAUUGUGUCCCUUCUACUGUACCUGAAGUAAAAUGGUUUGGGUGCUGGUCUGAACGUAAUUUUUCCCUGUAAAUUACGUUCAGCUUAUAAAGGCUUCAUUAUGCCUUCAUAAGCACUGCAUAAAUGUGUUAUAUAGCAUCUAUAACUGUAUGUCAUGCUUUCAAAAGGUUUCAUAAAUGUGUCAUCGCCCACUGUGGAAUAUGAUAAAAACAUGCUUUAUAAAGGGUGACCUGUUGUUCUCUAAAGUGACGUUAUGAGUGUGGAACGUCUGGUACACCAACGCAUCAAGGUUAGGUUUAAAUUCUCAUUUUAAAGAGAUCCAUUGUGGAAAUGGGAAGUUUUUAGCUAUAAUAACUUUUUUGACUGUUAGUAGUGAUGAUGAAAAAUACGGUCACUCCCACUAAGAUGAACUCUGAUUGGUUGAUCUUUACUCAGUAAGGUCACUCCCACUAAGAUGAACUCUGAUUGGUUGAUCUUUACUCAGUAAGGUCACUCCCACUAAGAUGAACUCUGAUUGGUGGAUCUUUACUCAGUAAGGUCACUCCCACUAAGAUGAACUCUGAAUGGUUGAUCUUUACUCAGUAAGGUCACUCCCACUAAGAUGAACUCUGAAUGGUUGAUCUUUACUCAGUAAGGUCACUCCCACUAAGAUGAACUCUGAAUGGUUGAUCUUUACUCAGUAAGGUCACUCCCACUAAGAUGAACUCUGAAUGGUUGAUCUUUACUCAGUAAGGUCACUCCCACUAAGAUGAACUCUGAUUGGUUGAUCUUUACUCAGUAAGGUCACUCCCACUAAGAUGAACUCUGAUUGGUUGAUCUUUACUCAGUAAGGUCACUCCCACUAAGAUGAACUCUGAAUGGUUGAUCUUUACUCAGUAAGGUCACUCCCACUAAGAUGAACUCUGAUUGGUUGAUCUUUACUCAGUAAGGUCACUCCCACUAAGAUGAACUCUGAUUGGUUGAUAUCCCAGGCUGAUAUAUGUGCUGUGUGUUCAAUAACCUGGAGACGACGCUACACCAACAAACACCUUGAUGAAAGCCCCCAACC